ACUCCCAGUGACCCGCCCCCCACGACAAACAACAGUACAGAGAUUUUUUUUUUGCCUUCCCUAUAUAUCCAUGUACUCCUCUCUUCUCUCUUUGUAGCCUCUUUUCCUCGAUCCUUCUCUCCCAAUAACCUCUUCUUUUUCCCGCCGAAAGCCCAACACUUUGUAGCUGUGCUGCAGCUUCUCUGGACUUCCCAGUAAUGGUGUCAGCUUCUUCCAAUCUGAAAAGCGAUUUGCCUCUUUUUUCUAUUUGUCUCUUUGUCUCCUCUCCCCAUAAUUAUUUCUCUCUUUCUCUUAUAAAUUCUUAACUCGUCCAAGCCCAACUCAGUUUCUUUCGCUUCUUUUCUCAUCCAAGCCUAACUCAGUUUCUUUCGCUUCUUUUCCGAUCGAUCUUUCUGCUGUGCUCUUGCCCCAGAUGAAAGAAACCAUUUUAAACCCCGAACCUCUCCCCAUGUCCGCACAACCAGCGAUCAAAUUCACCGAGCAUGUAACCACUACCAGCAAGCUCAUCCCCAUCUCUUCAAGAACCCGGAAAAGACUCGUUAGAAUCAUCCUCACAGACCCCUAUGCCACUGAUUCAUCCAGUGAUGAAGAAGAUGAAGAAAAGAAGGAACCAAGGAAAGGAAAGAAAUUCGUGAAGAGAGUGAAGAGGCACGUCAGAGAAAUCAGCUUUAAGCAAACCAGACCAUCAGGUCCACCACCUUUUAUUGCUAAAAGGAGACCUUCGAGAUCUCCGGAAUCUGGCGUCACUUCCCGGAAGAAGUUCCGAGGUGUCCGUCAGAGACCGUGGGGCAGAUGGGCCGCCGAGAUUCGAGAUCCAAACCGCCGGAAACGGGUUUGGCUCGGUACCUUCGACACCGCUGAGGAGGCUGCCACUGUGUAUGAUAGAGCUGCAGUGAAACUCAAAGGCUCUAACGCCGUUACGAACUUUCCUAACCCCGCUAUGACGGAAGACAUAGGCAGUCAAAGGGAUGGUUGUGAAUCCUGCGAUUCACCAAGCGCCGUCACGUCCUCCCCUACGUCGGUCCUCGGAUAUGAAGGAUUAACGACGUUUGAUGACAAUUUCAGUUACGGUGACGUUGACGCUUUCGGAUUCGAUAUUGACGUGCCGUUAAAUCUAGCGGAUUUUAUGUCAUCGGGAAAACAUUUGGCCGGCGAAGAAUUCGUUGACCUCGAUGAUUUCUUGGUCGACGUUAUAUCCUAAGUAUAGUGUAAACAAUGUUCCUCAGUCACUGAUUUUGUCUAGGAAAUUUCAGCGAACAGGGUGCAGUAUUUGGUAAUUUCACUUUGCCGACGUGGCGUUUUACUAUUUGUUAUUAAGGGCGACUAAGGGAAACAAGUGGGCAAGUUGGUGGCGGAUUUACAAAAGUGCCCUCGUUGGUGGUUUUGGUUUGAUUAGUCAAACACUACGAAGUGUAAUUAAACGUGGAGUUUUAGCCGAUUGUAGGGAUUUAUACGGCGAUUUUGUCACGUGUUCUAAGUAUUUUUGUACUCGUAUAAUUAAAAUUAUAUAUUAUUAACUAUUUAAAUUAUUUAUGUAA